UACGUAUGUGUGUCUCUGUGUGUGUAUGUGUGUACGUGUGUGUCUCUGUGUGUGUGCGUGUCUCUGUGUGUGUACGUAAGUGUGUAUACGUAUGUGUGUAUUUGUGUGUGUGUGUGUGCUCGCGUGCGUGCGGGGUGAUCAGUGUCAUGGCGGUCGGCAUCAUGUCGGCUUGUUGUCGAGCGUCUGUUCGACCUCUUUACUUCCUCGUCUGCUUCCUUCAGGUUCUCAUCCAAGGAGAAGUUUUCCGUGCGGCGCCGCGAGCCCACGAGGUUCUGAUCCGACCCAGACGAGCCAACAUGUUCCUGCUGGAGGAGCUUCUGCAGGGGAACCUGGAGCGAGAGUGUUUCGAGGAACUGUGCAACUUCGAGGAGGCGCGGGAAUAUUUCGAGAACAGCGAGAAGACGAUCUCGUUCUGGACUAUUUACUAUGACGGAGACCAGUGUGAUCCCAACCCCUGCCUCCAGGGGGGGAACUGCACCGACAAGGUGGGCGGGUUCCAGUGCUUAUGCCCCGCCCCCCACUUCGGAACAAUCUGUGAGCUUGGCCUCGAUGGACGACUGCCGCCCUCCGCGCCUCAAGUCAACGCACCAGUGGCGUGUCUGAGCGCCGGUCCGACUGCGUGUCAGCAGCUGUGCACUGCGUCGUACCUCAGGUUCACCUGCUCCUGCACGUCGGGAUUCAAACUACAGACCGACGGACACAGCUGUCUGCCUGAAGUGGAGUUUCCCUGUGGACGACUUCCUGACACCCUCAACGCCACCACGUCAAUGUGUCGCCAUGGAAACUGCCCCUGGCAGGUGUCCCUGCUGAACCGUCGGGGGGCGGAGCUUUGCGGCGGCGUGGUUCUGGGUCGCCGCUCCAUCCUGACGUCGGCCCGCUGCCUCGUCCUAGAAUCGGGAUCUGACCUCCGACCCUCCAGCUUCUACGUGCUCACUGGCAACAGGAAGCUCGUCCCUGUCCAGGCUCUGUACGUCCACGACCGCUUCCAUUUAGAUCACCACGACAACGACCUCGCCCUCCUCGAGCUGGCCGACGCCCUGCCCUUUGGCCCCGCCCUCAUCCACCUCUGCCUGCCCACCAAGGACUUCAGCGAAAACAUCCUGAUGCAUUCUGGGAGGGCGGGCGUGGCCGGGAGAUGGGGAGGCAGAAGGAACCAGAACCCUGUCUACGCCACACUGGACGAGUGCCGCGGCGAGUUGAACGUCACGCGUCCGCUCAGCAACAAGAUGUUCUGCAUGCGCAGGAACGACGGGGCUGCGAGGAACCAAAAUGGCGUCCAGGGCCGGUCGGGUGGACAUGUGAACGGCAGCGGAGCACUGAAUCACAAAAGCAGCAGCGUUAGGAAGGAGCACGUGGCCUUGAGGUCAGAGGUCGCAGGCCGGCGCUGCAGCAGCAUGUUGUCGGGAUCGCCCGUCGCCACGGUGGAGCACGGGACGGCGUUCCUCACCGGGCUGCUGAUCUCGCCGUCCACCGGCUGCAACGGCGGCCUAGUGUUCACCAAACUCUCCCGCCACCUGACCUGGAUCAUGCCGAGACUGGAGGAAGCCGAGGACCGGAUGACGCCUCAAGUCAGCGAGUAUCCAGAGACUCGCUAACAAGCAGCCGCCAUCUUUAAAACUCUCAGCCAAUCGGCAACCACCAUGUCUUGACUUCCUGCUCCGCCCUGCUGACACCUGCUGGUCACUGCAGGCAGCAGCAGCUUCCUAUGGCUGCGUCACAAUAAAACCCUUUUUAUGUUUGUGAAAUUUAAAUACGACGAAUAAGAGACGUGAAAAAUCAAAUCAAUAAAUUCAAAACUGAGUAAAAAGGCCAGUUACAUCACUUCUUGUCAAUCCCUCGCGUUGAGGGAAGCGGACGGAAUCAUAUGGAGAAUAUGAAUAAAUAAAAACUGUGUUUAUGAGAAUCUGUAACUGUCACGUGACCAAACUGUUUCAAUUUAAUGCGGAUUAACGUUCUGCGUUUAUGUAAUAUUGUUCAGGUGGAAAAAGUACAAAAAAAAAAGAAACAUCUGACUGUAUUGAACGAUUUCAGGUUCGUAUUGAUAAACAAUAACUGGUC